UACGAGCAAUCUGUCACCUAUGCUUCACCUCCACCACCAAUAUACUACAAGCAAGCACCCACCUAUGCUUCACCUCCACCACUUGUGAAGUACGAGCAAGCACCCACUUAUGCUUCACCUCCACCACGAACGUACUACAAGCAAACACCCACCUAUGCUUCACCUCCACCACCUGUGAAGUACGAGCAAUCUGCCACCUAUGCUUCACCUCCACCACCAAUGUACUACAAGAAAAUGCCCACGUAUGCUUCACCUCCACCACCAAUGUACUACAAGAAAAUGCCCACGUAUGCUUCACCUCCACCACCUGUGAAGUACGGGCAAGCACCCAUCUAUGCUUCACCUCCACCACCUGUGAAGUACGAGCAAUCUGUCACCUAUGCUUCACCUCCACCACCUGUGAAGUACGAGCAAUCUGUCACCUAUGCUUCACCACCACCACCAACGUACUACAAGCAAACACCCAUCUAUGCAUCACCUCCACCACCUAUGAAGUACGAGCAGUCAGUCACCUAUGCUUCACCUCCACCACCGGCAACAUCUCCCCCACCAGCCUACUACUAA